AACAGGAAUUUAGAAAAAUUGGCAGCAUUGAUGAAUGGAUUGACCCUCCUUCUUCGCUCCAGAUGACUAGCACUUUAGCUCAGAAAGAUGUCGUCUGUUACUGAAAAUGGAGAUGCCACAGCCGGAAAACCAAACGAGGAAAAAACUUAUAAAAAGAUUAUUUCCCGAAGUAAUAACACAUUGACCCAUUUUUCCAGGACUGCAUCCUCAGCUAUUAAAGGAGCAAUUCAGCUGGGAAUAGGAUACACAGUAGGUAACCUCACAUCUAAACCAGACAGAGAUGUACUUAUGCAAGACUUCUAUGUAGUGGAAAGUGUGUUUCUACCCAGUGAAGGGAGCAAUCUCACCCCUGCUCAUCAUUACCCUGACUUCAGAUUUAAGACCUAUGCUCCUCUCGCCUUUCGGUACUUCAGAGAACUUUUUGGUAUCAAGCCGGAUGAUUAUUUGUAUUCAGUCUGCAGUGAACCUUUGAUAGAAUUAUCCAAUCCUGGUGCCAGUGGGUCCUUAUUCUUUGUAACUAGCGACGAUGAGUUCAUCAUCAAAACUGUUCAACACAAAGAAGCUGAGUUUCUUCAGAAGUUGCUACCAGGUUACUAUAUGAAUCUGAACCAGAAUCCAAGGACUCUGUUGCCAAAAUUUUAUGGACUAUACUGUGUUCAGUCAGGGGGCAUUAACAUUAGAAUUGUUGUGAUGAACAACGUUUUGCCUCGAGCAAUGAAAAUGCAUUUCACAUAUGACUUGAAAGGCUCAACAUAUAAACGGAGAGCAUCAAGAAAAGAGAGGGAAAAGUCCAGCCCCACGUUUAAAGACUUGGAUUUCUUGCAAGAUAUGCAUGAAGGACUAUACUUUGACUCUGACACAUACAGUGCACUGAUGAAGACACUACAGAGGGAUUGCAGAGUGUUGGAAAGUUUUAAAAUCAUGGAUUAUAGUCUGCUGCUGGGAAUCCAUACAUUAGACAGUAUCACAAGAGAGAAGGAUGGAGAGAGUUCCCAGAAUGCAUCUGAUGCUAAACGUCCUGGGGGACAGAAAGUUCUCUAUUCUACAGCCAUGGAAUCCAUACAGGGGCCUGGGAAGUCUGGCGACUCUGUUCUCACAGAAGCUACAAAUACAAUGGGAGGCAUUCCAGCUAAGAGCCAUAAAGGAGAAAAGCUACUUCUAUUUAUGGGUAUUAUUGAUAUUCUGCAGUCUUAUAGGUUAAUGAAGAAGCUGGAACAUUCCUGGAAAGCGCUGGUCUAUGAUGGGGACACUGUUUCAGUUCACAGACCAAGUUUUUAUGCCGACAGAUUUUUAAAGUUUAUGAGUUCCAGGGUUUUCAAAAAAGUUCAAGCUUUAAGGUCCUCUCCUUCUAAGAGACGAUGCAAUUCUAUUGCAGCUCUAAAGGCAACGUCACAGGAAAUCGUUUGUGCUGUUAGCCAAGAAUGGAAGGAUGAAAAGCGUGACAUGCUUACUGAAGGACAAAGUUAUUCCAGUCUUGAUGAAGAAGUAUUAGAUUCCCGGCACCGGCCAGAUUUAGUGCCAAGUACUCCAUCUCUGUUUGAAGCAGCUUCCUUAGCAACCACAAUUUCUUCUUCUUCUUUGUAUGCAGAUGAGCAAUAUCAACGUGAUGGAACUAUGCUUUAUUCCAGCAGUAAAGGGUUACCGUCGAGUUCAACAUUUACGUUAGAAGACAGUGCCAUCUACCUGACUUCAGAACAGAGCACACUGGAAAUGGAGAAUGAUAAUGCUUCAGUUUUGGAUGUCUAUUUAUAAUAGAGAGUAGAAGAAAUAGAACAGAAGAAUCACAGAAGAGAUGGACAAGAAGUGGCCAUGGUUGAUAAAGAGCACUUUCUGCACUCCUGAUUUAGGAGGAGGAAUUUACUGAGCCUAUUAGACAAAGAGUAAUACUCAACAGAACGUUAUCCUUGAGAAAUGUCAGGGGAUCUUUGAAACGUAGAAAUGAAAGCUAGACUCGGCAGAUGUGACAUGAAACCAUUACACAACUUCGCUAUCAUGUGCUGUCGCUUGCUGAACUGUGAAGAACUGCGUAUUUGAGCUGCUCUCUCUAGUAUUGCCAGUCACCUUUUUUGGACUUGAAAGUGAUAUUUUCUUAUUGACUCUAGUGAUUUCAUUUGCAUGUGUUUGGUGAUUAUGCACAAGCAAAAUAUAUAAUCUGCUUUACCUAUUUAAAAAUCCAUCAGCACAGUGGUGAGUACAAUUAAUUUCACUUUCCCCCCCUCUCACAGAAUCCUAAUCACUUAGGUCUGUGUCACUGCAAGUCAAAAAUGAUUUCAUAUAAAGGUUAGUGUAAAUGUCUGCACAUACUUUAUGGAAACUAGCCUCUAAAGACAUUUUCACUGUUUAUUGGUGAGGAGAAAAAAGCUAUUUAUAACAAGGCCUUAUGUUGUGUACAUACGUUGUCUUUGAAAUAUUUGUGAUUUAGUUUAUUGCUUGUAAAAGAGAAAUUAUAUAAUUUAUUUAGUAUAUACUACCGUAAACUAUAGUUUUAUUGACAGAAAUAAAAUAUUUUGUUCUCAAAACCUGUGAUGAAAACUUGAAGAUAUUUAUGAGGUUUACGCAUGUAUUAUCCUUGUGCUCCAGUACCUUUUUGAACAUCUGAAAUGGUCUUUAUGUAGGAAUGUGCCAGUCAGUAUAUAACAAGUAAUCUGUCCACAUCUUCUGCUGCUGCUUCUAUGUGAGGAAAUUUUAAGAUAUUAGAAAAAAGGCAAUGGAAGAGCAUAGCAGGAAGGGUAGAAGCAAUCUGGUUUCUUUUAGUUUUCUGUCACAGUAAAGUUUUUAAAUAUCAUUUUAAGAAUCCACACUGUGACGCAGCAGAAUUUUGGGAAAUUUCAUGAAUGUCAUGUUGAAAGUGCAUGGAAGCGGGUAGGGAUGACAUUUCUUCGAGAAAUAAGUAUUCCCCAAAGAGUGAAAAAAGUAUCAAAACAAGUGGCGUAGACCCUGGACAUAACGUUUUGCAUUUCUGUAAAACCUUCUAUAGAAGGAUUUUUCCUAGUACUAAGCAAAAAGCAUCCAGAGGCUUUUUAUGAAGUGUUUUACCAACAGGACGGAGAAUCAAGGAAGCUAACAUUUUUUCAAACACUUAAAAACAGGCUAUGAUGGAGCCAGGACUAGAACUUAGUUCUCUUGACUCCUAGCCACAUUAACUAUGAAACCAUUCUGCAUUUCAGGAAGAUAAUUCCCAACAACACCCUGACUGAAAGUGAGAGAGAAAGAGAGAUUAAUUUAUGCCUUGUGACUGCUAUGUAUAAUAAGUACGUGGGUGUCAGCUUCUCUAUGGAUAAUCUUUUACACAUUUAGUGUUCCUUUGUAUAAACAAGUAGUCUUGCUACCCCAGAGAAGGCAUUUGUUUGAACAUAGUGAAUCAAUGCAAGUACAUACAGUUCUUCUACACUGUAAUUCUCAGAUAAUGUGUGUUCUGUGCAGGUAGUACAUAAAAGUCUUUAUAAAUGAAAAUACAGGCUUCACUGGAAAUUGGCUCUGUAUAAAAAGUUUACAUAUCAAGUACAGUGUAUUUUUAUCCUAUUGCCCCAACAUCCCUGCUUUUCCCUAUGAAUGGAAACAUCCAUCCAAUGCCAACAAAAGUAAAUCCAGAUUAGAUUACCAAUGUGAGAGGUAAUCUAAUGUGAUCCUUAAGGGGGACUUUCCCCCUUAAGGAUCACAUUAUAUAAAUAGUACAGUAUUUGUGUUCCUCUUAAGGUUAGUUUCCAAUGAAAGAAAAGAGAAAUUCCAGAGUUCAACAUACCUGAGGGUCAGUGAUUCAAGCUUGAAACAAGUAAGGUCCUCUCUCUAAGGCACAGAACCAGGAAGAAAAUCAUACCCAAGUAUUAGUACAGUAUAUUUAUGAGGACUAUGCAUGUUUUACCUGCAAGCAACUGGAUGUUACUUAGUCUGCCUGAAUAGCAAUUCUUCUACAAAAACUGAAGGGCCAUUUAUAUACAAUGAUAGGUGAUAAGGGGAUGUUUAUCAGGUAACAUUCAAAAGGAUAUGGAAGGUACAGUUGCCAAUAACAUGCUCCCUGGGCUAGGAAAAGGAUGUAUUAGCAUAUAUCUCCAGGUUUCAACAGAUGGAACUCACCAUAGGGAACAACAUAAGAAGCAGGUCAUGAGAAUGUGGCACUAUCUGUAUACACAGGUAUUUAAAUAUCUUGGCCCUAUGAACAGUCCAGAAGGAGAAAUAGAUAGUUUGAGGUCUGCUUAGGAAAAUACGGAAAAGCUUAUUAGAUUGAUAUUGUUCUAAUGUCCUAUAGAGUUCUGGAAGAGAAGAACAAAGAUGCCAUUUACAUUUUUAAAUUAACUUGUGUUAUUCUUAUUUGACUGGAAAACUGGACACUUCUGUGAAUCCCUUUUCUCCUAAAUUUUAGAAUAUAGUAACAGUGGGGAAAAAAAAUUGAACUUUAAAGUGAAGUUUGCUGUUGUCUGUUUUAUCCUACAGGUAUCUACAUAUUGCUUAACCCUCUGUUUUAUGUUUCCAAUGAAUGCUAAAUAGAGAUAAAGAGCAGUUAGCAGCACCCGUUGUCUACUCGGCCCAGAAAUCAUGUGCUGAGUCAUUUUAGGAUGACAUGCAUGUUUGCUUGCAACAUAUCAGCUAUUUCCAGAGUAAAAUGAUAGGACCAUACAUAUAGAACUCAUGUGGGAUGUGGGCUACAAUGAGAGACUCUUCUAGAAAUGAAGAGUGAUUUUUUAUAUAUAUAUAUAUAUAUAGUAAUUUCUAGCAAAUUGGUGUAAAUAGCACAUUUGUAUGAUU